AUACCUGUAUUAUGUAAUAUUUAUAUUUAGCAAGAACAUGUUUCAGCCAAGGAAUGGAGGCCUUCUGAGCUCCACUGUAAAACCAGGUCUGUUUUUGCUUAUUAGUUUACAGGAAUGGCAAAGCUUUAAGGCAGACACACAGACACAGACAGACACACAAACACAAUGACAAAUCCUAGGUGUUACCUCCUACAUUUAAUUGGUGCCUUUGGCGAGAUAGAAAAGCUAAUCCCUCUUUCUAAACUGGUUUUUCAAGGUUGCAGGGAAACUUUGUGCAGAAGUGGAUUCCAGCGUUUCAUUUCACUCUUGCAUCUCUGUGGGCCAAUGACGACUUUACGAAUAGAAAAUAGAGGACCCUAGCACUUCCCACUCAGCAUAAUACAUAAUCCAUGUAACCAAGCACUCUUAUUCUCUGGGGAAUUUGGACUUUACAGCAUCAGGCCUCAAAGGAAAAUACAUAUAUAGAUACUCAGUCUUCAGAAUGGAUGCAUCCGAAGGGAGCGGAGUCAUGGGGCAGCCCCCAGAAAUGUGCACUUCAAACCCAUUCAUGAGCGAUUUUGUCUCUGAUUGGUCCCCAAUACAUGAUGCAUCUCUACACGGGCGACAGUUGGCACUAAACAAACUCAUCAGCCAGGGCUAUAGUGUAAACCAUAUUACUGCGGAUCGCAUGUCUCCCCUUCAUGAAGCUUGUCUAGGGGGCCAUCCGGCCUGCGUCAGUGUCUUAUUGAAACAUGGAGCUCAGGUUAAUCUGUCUGAUAUUGACUGGAAAACCCCAAUGUUUAAUGCAUGUAUCAGUGGCAAUGUGGAUUGCGUCAAUUUACUGCUGCAACAUGGUGCCAGUCCCUAUCCAGCGUGUGAAGUGGCUUCUCCGAUACAUGAAGCUUGUAAACGAGGACAUACAUCGUGUGUGGAGUCUCUCUCAUCGGCUGGAGUGAAUAUACAGCAAUAUAUCAAACAUCUGGGAUCUCCUCUAUAUGCUGCUUGUGAGAACCAAAGGGUUGACACUGCCAAAAAGCUCCUUGAAUUCGGGGCAAGUGCAAAUGUUGGUAAAGAUCUGGAGUCGCCUUUACACGCUGCUGCAAGAACUGGUAAUGGUGACUUGGUGAAGCUGCUUAUUGACUACGGUGGGAACACGCAAUGUAGGAACGCUGAUGGGCCUCUGCGUUUGAUGCAGAUGUGUCGUCUCUGCAUUAGAAAAUGCUUUGAGCAAAAACAGCACCACAAAAUAUGCCGUCUCCAGCUUCCAGAUACCCUUAAAUAUUUCUUAUUAUACAGAUAAUGUAGACUUGUUUAAAUUAUAUUGUAGAGAUAAUAAAAUUUUAUUUAAAAAAAUGUUUUCUUGUGGACUAUAACUGAAGGCAAAACCUGAAUGGUGUUUUAAUUACAUUAUAUAGUGAAUAAAGUACCCCCUCUUGUAA